AAAUUGAUCAACUAUUAAUUUAAUAAUUACUAAACUAAAAAAAAAAUAAUUUCUGAUUUUCGAACGGAAGUUCUAUUGAUACGAUUAAUUACUCCCCACCCAACACGAAAGACAAACUAGAUAAUGAAGUUAUGGUGUUUUAAAGUCCAACAACCUCGAUUUUAUUAUAAUAUACCUCGUUUCUAUAUAUCGAAUUUUUGUAAAUUAACUUCAAAUAAAUCUAUAAUUUCAAUCCAAGAAUUAUUGAUAAAAAAUGGAUCAAAUCGAUUCAUUAGUACAAAUAUACAAAAAUCGACUACUUCUAAUACAUGUAGUAAACCCUUGAAUCCUUAUCAAAAACGUAUAGAUAGAAAUAAAUCUUUUCUCAUGUAUACGACAGCUAUACUUAUUUGUGGCAUAGGUUUUACUUAUGCUUCAGUCCCUUUGUAUCGAAUGUUUUGUCAAACAACAGGAUUUAGUGGAACUCCUAUAACAAAUAGUUCAAAGUUCGGUCCUGAAAGACUUGUACCAGCAAAAGAAUCACGUAGAAUUAGAGUACAUUUCAAUGCAGAUACUUCACUUGCUCUUGAUUGGAGUUUUAUUCCUCAGCAGCGUGAAGUUUAUGUUUUACCUGGUGAAACUGCUUUGGCUUUUUAUACAGCAAAAAAUAAAUCAGAUCAAGAUAUUAUUGGGUUGGCAACUUAUAAUGUGACUCCUAAUAAAGCUGGUCAAUAUUUUAAUAAGAUACAAUGUUUUUGUUUUGAAGAACAAAAAUUACAAGCUGGAGAAGCUGUAGAUAUGCCAGUUUUCUUUUUCAUAGAUCCAGAAUUUCCCGAGGACCCUUCAAUGAGAGAUGUUGAUACAAUAACAUUAUCUUAUACAUUUUUCAAGGCAAAAUAUGAUAAUAAUGGAACUUUAAUACCAGUACCGACGUUAUAGGUUAAUUAGUUUAUUAUUACAUGUUGAGACAGCUAUUAUCUUAUAAUUAAAUACUACUAUGAAACAAUCUUUCAAUUUUAUAUAAAC